AUGUCAAUAUCAGUUGACAGUAAUAAUCUUAGUUUUGUUAACGAUUUGAAUCCUGGGAAGGAUAUGUGGAACAUGAAGGCGAGAAUUAUUCGAAAAUGGAAUCAGGGUUACAAGAUGGAGAUCAUCUUCAUUGAUGAGAAGCUGCAAGAAGAUGCUGUUGUGAUUCUGUCAAAAUUUGGUGUUCGUGAGAAUAAAGAUUUAUAUAAAGUAGUAGUGCAGCCUUAUAAAAUCAACUUUUAUAGAUGCACAACUAUUACUCCUGUGAGAGAUUGGCAAGGUGUUGAGUAUGGUUUCAAUUUCAGAGCUUAUGAAGAUAUUCUUGAAGGAGAGGCGUUAAACGCUUUGAGUGUUGAUGUUGCUGGAUCUGUGAUUUGUUGUGGAGAUCUUGAAAUCUUUGAUCGACCUCCAAAGGAGACUAAGAAGAUGAAUUUCGAGAUUGAAGAUUUGGAGGGUAAGGUUUUGCGGUGUACUGUGUGGAAUGAUUAUGCUCUGCAGAUUAAUGACUUCAUUUCUAAAAUCCCACCUCAUGAGCAUGUGAUGGUUGUUAUACAGCAUGGAAAGUGUAAGAAAUGGAAAGGUGAAUAUACUGUUCAAAGUGAUAAGUUUGCAACACAAAUUUUUCUGAAUGAAGAAAUUGAUGAAGUUAAUGAGCUAAGGAGGAGGCAUAUACUGAAGUUUGGACAAGGGAGUGGUUCUACUUCUCAAACGAUACUAUCGUCUCAGAGUGUUUUUCCAUUACAUAAAGAAUUUGUAACUGAAGGUGUGAAGAAACAUGUUGAUGAGAUUAGCGAGAUAGAAAAGGAAGUGUCUUGUGUUGUGGUUGCGACAAUUAAGAUUGUGCAAGAAGAGUAUGGUUGGUUUUAUGCUGCCUGUCGUAAGUGUUUCAAGAAGAUGAUAUUCUUCGAUUGCCUGCGACUUCUUUGGUUUGUAUCAAAUGUCAUACUGAAUGUACAUUGA